AUGGACCCGAUUAUGAGCAAGAUGGGCAAUGAGACACUAAAAGCCGAGCUGGGACGAUCGUCGUGGCGCCUGAUCCACACCAUGGUGGGCAAGUUCCCGGUCACUCCUACCGACGACGAGAAGGAAUCGCUGCUGGACUUUAUCUAUCUAUUCGCCAAGCUCUAUCCCUGUGGCGACUGUGCCCGACACUUCCAGAAGAUUCUCCGAGCCAACCCGCCUGAUGUUUCCAGUCGCGAUGCCGCUUCGCAAUGGGCAUGCAAGGUCCACAACUUGGUCAACAAGCGGCUGGGCAAGCCCCAGUUUGACUGCUCGACGGUUGCUGAGAUCUGGAAAUGCGGAUGUGCUGAGGAAGACGGCGCAAACUCGACAUCGACAGCGACAUCGACAUCGAACUCGAUGUCAACUUCGUUACCAGCAGCGUCAGCGCACUCGACCACCCUGGUCCUCUGA